AAGAUAUGGUCGAUCUACCCAUCCCACAUCUACCAAAGAUGCGGGACGACCACGACGGUGACGUGUACCUCUACAUACGCGACACACUUGUCAACAAAGUCGUGGUGGGGGACCCUUACCCCAUCCACGUUCCGCGCGGGGUUUGGUACCGCGAGGCGCUCAAGGGCGCCAUCAAGGGUGUCAUGGCCUGCUUGUUUCCGGCGGCGGUGGUCGGUGCUGCGCUUGCGUCCUUGUCGAUGCUAGCGCCACAGGCACCCCGCAUGGUGCGGUCGGCCAAGCUACUGACGGACAAGGUGGUCAGCCGCAUUUUGCCGGCACCAUCUGCCCAAGAUGCCCGCAAGGGCUUGCGGAUCGAUGAGAUCGUCCAGCUCGGCGAUCCGCAGCGGACGUACGGUGGCAGCAAGACGGUCGUUAACCAAGACGGCGACAAGGUCCUCCGCGGCUCUGCCGAAAACAUCGCUGCUUAUGAGCGCGAGAUGGCAGCGACGGCCACCAACCGCUUGACGUAGGACCCAAUUUUCCUUUUUGUAAUAUAAGCUAACAUUUGUCCCCC